AUGGCUCUGAAUGAGGCCAACAGCAGUUUUUCUUGCACCAGUUUCUCAGGCUCACGAUUUCCUCGCAGUGAGUUGCCACCUUUUGCACCCUUGACUCUUUGUGUGGAUGACCGACAUAGCUCUUCAUGCAGGCCGCUAGGCUCAUGUCCCCCCCGCCCCCCCCCUCUAGCAAGAUUUUUGCUCUCCCAGAUCGAUUGCACGACGAUGUGGCUCUGUCGCAUUCCGCCAGACAGCUCUCAGCGCACACCCGAGUUAAGUUGUUUCGACAACCUUUGGUGGCGAACGAAGUCUCCGUUACCUGACAUCAUACCUACUCACCACAGCCGCUUCUUGGGCUGGUUGUGCUUGCUCCGCCCCGCAUGCCUCCCAGACACGCGAUUUCUCUGA